AUGUCCGCUGACUCUUCUGCCACUACCGCCUCUUCUGCCACUUCAAAGGCAACUUCAUCAAGUCAAAGAAAAUUCAUCAAGCGUCCUGAUGACAAAGCUAUGAAGGAAGAAGUUGAAGCUUUGAAAAAGGAGAUCAAGAAGUUGGAUUUAACUAAUAAUGAAUUGAAUGCCCAAAUCCAGAAGUUGCAGAUUGAUCAAAAAGUUAUGGAUGAGAGAAACAAAUUGCAAGCUGAAUUGAAAUCUUUGAUCUCUAAACAAUCAUCAGCUAAGAAUGAAAGAAACAACAUCAACGAUCAAAUUAAGUCAAUUGAUGCUCAAAUGAAGAAGAAGAUUGCUGAAAUUCAACAACAGACUUCCAAGAACAACUUUAAGAAUGUAGCUGAGAUUGACGCCAGAAUUGACUCUUUGGAUAAAGCUAUUGACGCUGGGAACUUGAAAUUGGCUGAUGAGAGAAGAUACGUUAAGGAAAUGAGUGCAUUACGUAAGUUACGUAAAGAUUUUGGCUCAAUUGAAAAGACUCAAGCUUCAAUUGAUCAAGAUAAGGAGAAGAUUGCCGAAUUGAAGAAGAAAUUAUCCGGUACUCACAACAAGGAAGUUCAAGCUCAAUUUGAAGCCAUUCAGAAACAAUUGGAUGAAAUUAAUGAAUCCAAUAAAUCAAUCAUUUCCAAGAGGAACAAGAUUUAUGAUCAAAGAUCAGAAAUCAAGAAGCAAAAAGAUGCCAAAUAUGAUGAGAUUAGAAAAUUGAGAAGUGAUUUCGAUGCUAAAUUUGAAAAUUUCAAGAAACAAAUGGAGGAAGAAAGACAAAAGAGAGACGAGGAAUACAAGGCUCAACAAGCUGAAAGAAAACAAGCUAAAUUGAAACAAAGAGCUGAACAAGAAUUGGCUGAUGCUUCGAUUCCUGCAUUCACUGAAGAAAUCAAUUCAAUCCACAACUUGUUGUCUUAUUUCGAUCCAUCUUAUGUCAAACCAGCCACCAACAAGAAUGCAUCAACUACUGGAUCUAAUGGAGCUUCAAUUCCAUCAACAACCAAGAACCAAGCUAGAGUUAUUGAAUUCCCUGAAGAUUUAGUUGUUGUUAAAAAGGAGCAGGAUGAUUUCUUCACCGGAACCAAGAAAAAGGGUAAAGGUGGUAAAAAGCAAGGCGGUAAAAAGAAUUUCACAGUUGCUCCAGAAAUUGUUGUUGCGUUGAGUGACUUGACUAUUCCAUUCCCAUUGAAAGAAGAUGACGUUCCUGAAACCAUCAAAACUUUGAAAGAGACUUUGGAGGCCUUGCAACAGAAGCAAGAAGAGCAAACAAAGAUUAACAUUGAGAGAGCUAAAGCCAAGAUUGCCAAAUUCAAGGAAGAAGAUUUUGAAGGUGAUGAAGAUGAUGAUGAUGAUGAGUAA